CUACAACACAAAGGAUGGUUACAUUACUACAAGCCUUUCCAUUUUUAGAAAACACGCCAAAUGAUUUAUCAACCACCUCUUAAGGAGGUCGCAAGCGCGGUUUACUAUUAUGUAUAUACUCUCUCGGCAAAGUUAUUUUGGGCUGGCAUUGAGAAGCAGAAUGGAAUCUGCCCGCGGAAAACUCAUCGCAAUGAGCGAUGAACUCCCCUUUUGAUUUCUCUUCGCUUUCACUUGUGUCGUCCCGCAAUGGCGUGCGCAAGGAUCGAUGCCAGCUGUGCGGAUUCACGACACCAGAUGGCCGCAUCCGAGAGACGUUCGGCUGUGUUGUGUUGUCGUGAUCCGAGUCCUCCACUCGGCUGCUUGUAGUAGUGUGUAGAACCGAUGUGCUCAGAAGUGUGUUUGGCUCGUCUUCCGGCUGCCAAAAGACGUCAGACGGUUGUGAGACAGGACAUAAUAAUCUUGAAGGGACCAUGGCAUCUGGAGUUCACGCUGUCGCUCUCCGGCUGAAACAGGCCAAAAAGAAGAAAUUGUUGCUGGAUCAGCAACAGCAACAGCUGGGCUUGAAGCCGCCACUGGACAAAGUAACAAGCGUCCGCAUCGUCGAACCCACCAGAUCGCCCCGCAGAUCCUAUCAAGGAUGGGAUGCCAAUUCGGAUGCGUCAGGAGCCGAGGGAAAGAGCAGCAAUGCCGACCACCGACAGAUGGCGGAUAAAGCCUAUCAAAAGUGGCGGAAUAAACAAAAAGCCGCAACUUCGCUGAGCGCCACAGUGUUUAGGAAAAGUUACAUCGCCGCUGGACAAUCUAACCACUUUGAUCUUUUCCUGUGGUUCGGCUUAUCCGUUCUCCUGACGGGAACCAUCAUUAGCUUUGUCGGUCUCGGCGAGAAAGGCUUCCGGACCAGCUACUUACGUCUUUUGGGACCCGUUCUCUGCGGUUUCGGUUUGGCAGUUGUCAUCAUUCGCAUCGGAAUUUGUUGCAUCAACGGCAGAAGGAAGAAAGUCUCUGCCAAUUGUCACGUUAGGGACCAGCUGGCCAAAGUCGUCACGGUCCAACACGCUGUUGCCGUUCGUUCCAUCCAGUACAAGCCUGGAGAAGGGCCAGCAGUCAUUCCAUCCAUUCAAAUCGAUCCGAGUUGCGAUUCGGCUAUGAUGAAAAGCAGUGUGACGGCCGCCACAGACCUAUCGCCAUCGGAGGGAAGAAGUCCAGUCUUAUCAGGGGAGAACGUCCCCCUGAUCGAUAUCGAAUCAGCUGAUAACACUCCAUCUCCGCAAUUGACGACGGUGGUGAUUGAGAGUGAGUGGAUGUCGGAGAGAACGGUCGAGACUCAACGUCAAGUUCAUUUUGCCGGAAUUCCGAGAAAAUCACGAAUUCCGUCGCAUCCGGAAUUGGCUCUGAAUCCAUUAUCGCUCGCCGCGCAUGACAGUAGCAGCUCGUCGUUGAUUUCUCCACUGCCGAAAAGUUGGUCGGCCGGAUUCGACCCGGACAACUCCUGAAAUUUCCAAGGUUAAUCGAAUUGAUGUGUGUGGAUUAUUGGCCAAUACUCACGAUGAUCUCGCUUCACUCACCUUACAUGUCGCUUGUGUGCGCAAAGAAAUCUAUUACUGCAUUCUUAAUAACUCGUGUCAAAAAAGCUGUGUGUCUACUUUCGUAUGUAUAAUGUUUACACUUUGAAUUAAAUUGUUUUCCAAGAAAAUAAUAAAACAAUAGCGUUUUAUUCAAAUUAAUGGUUAUUGGAAUAUCGGUAACCCAAACGUAACCAAUCAAAAACGAUCAUAUCACGCCUAGAUCACUUCGUUAAAGGUGAUGUAAAUAUGAAAGACUCAUUGACAGCUUAUAAACUAGUGUCAAAGAAGAAUUAAGUGUGUUUUU